GGAGGAACGUGUUAUCGAGAGGAACGUCGAAGGGAAAGUUCUGGCGGCGCUGGACAGUCGCUGCCGGCCAGCUUAUAAGAUUCGACGCAGGGUGCCGCGGGUUCGGAACAAGGUGAACGGGUUUUACUAGCGCAUUGUAUGUGCAGGCUUCCGAUCCGCGUCGCGAGCCGAUGCAAUUUUUCGUCGUCCGAUCGGCCACGCCACUUUCCGACCGCAAGCCCGGCCCCGCGAGUACGCGAAAAAUCGGCCUCGAGUGCUCGCCGCAUUCCUCAUCGCGAACUUGCUUCCGCAGCGGUUUUUCGGUGCUGACACCGGGACCAGCCGCAUAACUGCGCGCGGUACCAACGCGACCGGCGUCGAUCGCGAUUAUGAGUGUCGGUGGUUCAUGAGGCAGCCACCUCGAAACAGUGGUACGAAGCGAGAACCGUCGAAACGAAACGAGAAGAUCGGGCCCGCCAGCACUCUGAAACGGUAAAUACCGGCCAGCAUCCUGUCCGGCGUCGAUCGUCGGGACUAGGGACCGUGCAUGCAGAAAACUGGUAUCUCGUGAAUGGUUCGGAGUUCCGCCGGGACGCUGCUGAGACGCUUCACCUAUCAGGGAAAUGCCUGCGAUAAAACUUUUCGGAAGGAAGUGGCUAGCUGCGACCGAUGAUCUGGUUUAUCCAGGCUUGUUUGAAAUUUUCAUACGGACCGUCUGGUUCAUUCUUAUUGGCACUGCAUGCGUUCGAUACUAUCAAUACACAUGGAACUGUCGGUUGGGCGGCGAUUUGGUUCGCGUGUUCCUCCUGGGACAAGUGACGUAUCUCCUUCUGACCGUAGUUUUCAUGCUUCUAAUCGUCAGACACAGUAUGAAAGGAUCUAUUAUGGAAACGCAGGCUCGCAAAUACGUGGAACCACUUCUGACAGUUAAGAUACUGCUGCUCCUGCCCGAGAUAGCAUGGAACGUUAUAGGAAGUAUUUGGAUGUUUGGCGGUAAUGUCGAGUGCGAAUACGAUCAUUACACCACGACCGUCGUUCAAGCACUGGUGCUUUUUGACUGGAUCCUUAUAGGUCUGACCAUUUUUGGCCUAGCGCUGAUCUUUGAUCCUCUAGGCUCGAUCGAGAACAAAAACCUUGAAAAUUUGGCUGAACACAGUAAGAUGUCGAGCAUUUGGUUGCGUAGAUUCAAGUUCCUCUGGUGGAUGCGAAAAGACGAGAGUGCUAAUGAGACUUUUCAACAAAUCGCUGGCUUGUUAAGUACCCUGUUCCGCGGAACAGACUUAGUUCCUUCGGAUGUACUGGCGGGAUGCAUUUUAUUGAGAAUACGACGAAAACGAGAAAUCCACGAUCUGCGUCGGCUGAAUCUCUUUGUUAGUCCAGUAACUACAGCAGAUGCAUCUGUCAUCUUCGUUAAUACACCUAGUUGGAUGUCCUUGGAGUCUGCUUAUCAUUACAUAAAGCUAUCAACAGCCUGUUAUGGAUGGUUAUACGUACUUUAUAAGCACACGUGCACCGGAUGUUUUCGCGUUUUACAGAAUUUAACCUGUUGCUCCUGUUUUCGCCGGAAACGAACUGCCAUUAUCGGUGACAAUUGCUGCUACUGCUACUUAGCCGGCUUGAAAUACUUGUCAGACUUACCCGUAGACGAUAUUCUUUAUGCGUCAUUCAAGAAUCAUCUAUGUGAGAUACCAUUCUGUGUCGUCGUAGAUCAUAAGACAAACAAUAUCGUCAUCGUUAUACGAGGCAGUCUUUCAGUACGUGAUAUUCUGACAGAUAUUGAUGCGGGUUCCGAGUUUUUCGAAUGCGAAGGUCUUCCGCCGGGAUCCAUGGCUCACAGAGGUAUGAUAAUAGGAGCAAAGGUCAUUUUGAAGCAACUGAAGGAACAUAAGAUUUUGGAACGAGCAUUCAACACGCAUCCUAACUAUGAUUUAAUGGUGACAGGUCACAGUCUAGGCGCUGGCAUAGGCAUUCUCUUAGCGUUUUUACUAAGGUCUCAGUAUCCUAACGUGAAGGUCUAUGCAUUCGCCACACCGGCGGGUCUCCUUUCUCGAGAAGUUGCUAGGAUUUCGGAAGAAUUUGUCUUCACAAUAGGAGUUGGCGAUGAUUUCGUGAUGAGACUUAGCGUUGACAGCAUAGAGAACUUGAGGACAUCUUUAGUCAUGACGCUGCAAGCCUGUCGAUUGCCCAAGUACAGAGUGGUCUUGAACGGAUUGGGGUAUAUGUUGUUUGGUAUCCCUGAAAAGGAUCUGAAUAAAACUUGGAGUUCGUGCAAUGUCAUAACAACGUCAGCAGGACAGUCACCGUUGCUCAGUGACCGGGACGCCAUUACAGCUCAGGACGAUAUUAAAUACGAUCGAGAUAUUACGCGGAGAAGGUUCUCGAAAGUGAGACUGUACGUUGGUGGAAAAAUACUCCACGUAACGAAGAUUAAGCCUGAAGCAAAAGAAUCGGAAGGAAAAAGCAAAAAGGAAAUCUCGAAGGAGAAGAAAUACGAAAUGCGAUGGGCGCAACCGGAAGAAUUUAGAGAAUUAAUUGUGAUGCCACGAAUGUUAUUGGAUCAUCUACCAGAAUCCAUAGAACAAGCUAUGAAGACCUUAAUAAAACAACAAAACGAUCUGCCAUAUUACUUUGAUCCAUGAUCGAAUCCAAAGAGAGAAUUCUUUCAACAAUGACGAAGGGGACAUGAAGAACGCAUGCUCAAAGAUCAACAAAAUUUAUUUAAUUUCACCUAACUUACUUAUUUAAUUUUUAUACGCGUAUAGAAUUGUUGUCGAUGUGUCAUAAUGUAAGCGUCUAAUAUUCUACCGUCAAAAGGAAUUAUGUAUGUUGUAAUUUAUGUUAAUUUCUAGGCUGCGACGAAGUAAAAUUCACAUUUCCAUAUUCA